ACCACAGCUCCGCCACACGGAGUGGAAGGGUUGAGAAAGUGAAGAAGGCUUGAUGUAGGGGGUUUUCAGAGAAGGGCUCGAGAAUUGUUUUUUUUUAAAUUAUUUUUAAAUACGUGUGGCACACCAAAGAUUUAGAGGAGACACAGCCAAAAUGCUCUGCCACGUUACUCGUCCAGAUUCGGUGGUGAUGGAAGUGGAAGUUGACGCGAAGGCGAACGGUGAAGACUGUCUGAAUAAGGUUUGCAGAAAGUUGGGCAUAAUUGAAGUGGACUACUUUGGCCUGCAGUUCACAGGCAGCAAAGGAGAGAAUCUGUGGCUGAAUCUGAGGAACCGCAUCUGCCAGCAGAUGGAUAAUGUGGCACCCUGUCGGCUGAGGCUGCGCGUGAAGUUCUUCGUGGAGCCCCAUUUGAUUCUGCAGGAACAGACUAGACAUGUCUUCUUCAUGCACGUGAAGGAGGACCUCCAUAACGGUCACCUACGCAUGGGCUCAGAACAAGCGGAGGAGCUGAGUGCGCUUCUGGCACAGGCAGAGUUCGGUGACUACAACCAAAACACGGCCCAGUACUGGUACUCAGAGCUGUGUGGAGAGGAGCCCAGCACUGCCACUAUUGACAGCAUCAUAUCCAGACACAAGGCUCUCGAAGGUUCAAGCCAGGGCUCAGUGGAGUAUCAGGCCCUGCAGCUGGUCUCUUCUCUGGAGCAUUACGGGGUGGAGUGGCACUGGGUUCGCGAUGCAAAUGGCCAACGGUUGGCCAUAGGCGUUGGCCCUGAGGGCAUUGCCAUUUGCAAAGAGGACUUCAGCUUAGUCAACAGAGUAAGUUAUCCAGUCAUCCAGAUUGCCACCCAGUCGGGGAAAACCGUCUACCUGACGGUUACCAAGGACACAAGUGACAGCGUGGUGCUUCUGUUCAAGCUGAUCAGUAACCGGGCAGCCAGUGGCCUGUACCGGGCCAUUACAGAGACCCACGCCUUCUACAGGUGUGACACAGUUACAAAUGCAGUGAUGAUGCAGUACAGCAGAGACUUUAAGGGCCACCUAGCUUCACUUUUCCUCAAUGAAAACAUCAACCUGGGCAAGAAGUACGUUUUCGACAUCCGACGCACCUCAAAGGAAGUGUACGACCACGCCCGGCGUGCCCUCUACAACUCUGGUGUUGUGGACCUGGUGUCCCGCUCCGGCAAUGGCGAACGCUCUUCUCCUUCACGCUCCCCAAGCAGAGACGACCAGCAGGACGAGGGGCUGGACUGCGGCAGCUGCCAGCAGAGCCGAGCCCUACAGGAGCGGCUGCAGAAGCUCAGAGAGGCUCUGUUGUGCAUGCUGUGCUGCGAGGAGGAGAUAGACUCUGCGUUCUGCCCCUGCGGCCACAUGGUGUGCUGCCAGAACUGCGCAAACCAGCUCCAGUUGUGUCCUGUGUGUCGGUCGGAUGUUGAGCACGUGCAGCACAUCUACCUGCCCACCUGCACCAGCCUGCUGAACUUGACGCUGACCGACAACCACCAACACCGCAGCAGCAGCAUCCCCGCACCCAUCCACAGAGAGAUGGCUUCUCCUCACAGCUGCUCUGCCACAGAGUACGACCACAAGAUCUACCACACAUGAAAGACAACUCCACUAAACCCACCAAACUCCAUAAUGAACACUUCAAAGGAACAUUUUUCGUCCGUCUGUGUGUUUCCUGUCUGGACUCCUUGAACUACCAAACGUGUAGAAACUCCUGAGCAUAAUCAAAGAUCAACACACUCAAACUCCCUCAACUAGUGUGCGUUUUUGUGUGGUUUUUUUUUUUUUAUCGUUUAUUCACUUCGUCCAUUUGAACUGUCAGUUUGUCUGGUUGGUUCCGUGUCAUUCUGUCCAGAUCUUGUAUGUUUUUAUCAUUCUUCCCUGCCACGAUAUGAUUUUAGAUUAGGCUCUUAUUGUUAAAUUAUUGCAUCAGUUGAUCUGAUACAGAAUAGAAACAUUUGUUUUUGAACUACACUUUGAAUUUGUGUGUUGGUUGUUUUUCAUUUGCUCCAUAUCAGGCUCUUAGCCCCAGAACCCAAAACAUAUUAUGAACAUAAUGGUCUUUUUUUAAUGCUUCAUGACAUUUUAAAGCUUGUCUGUUUUUUGAUUUGAACAGCAUUUUAUGGUGUAAUGGAGUGAGAUGCAUUUUUUUUAAAAUAUUUUAUUUCUUAUGUUCAUGUUUUCCAUGCCAAUUAUGGGUAUUUGGAGGCUAAGCAGCACUGCUCUGGGUGUAGAAUUGCAUACUAAUAAGAAACACCAGGUCAUAAGGCCACCACGGUCCCGUUCUUGUGAUCAGUGGAUUAAAUGGGGUUCUUGAAUGUUCUUUUAAGCCCACCAGAACUAUGGUUAUAGACAUUAAAUGCAGUAUCUUAGUUACACUCCUACAACCUCCUUCACCUCGAAACGGGUCUUGUUGAUUAACUGCCACUUGUCCAAAACAAUGGGCCCAGUUUCAAAGACUGCUGCACUUCUUACAUUUUUAUCUCCUUGCCAGCAGAAAGUAAAGAAAUAUUACUACACAAGAAACCACAAGGUUGUAUACAAAACGGAGUAGGAACUUGGUCCUGCAGUAGCUGCUUCCUCUAAAAACCCUGCUAUAAAUUUAUUCUCUGGGGUUCACUAGUGAGUUCCUUUUUUGAUAUUUUUAAAGGGUACUAGGAGAUCUGUCUGUGCAAUACUUGCUUGCUUUUUGAAAAGCUUUUCAUUUAAAAGUUUUAUUUAAUUUCAAAGAUUAUUUAAAAAAACAAAAAAACUACAUUGUCACUUUACCAAGGAAGUUUUCCACGUCUGUAGGGGGUUCGGCCUUAAUGUAGCAGCAACACCGUGUUUAUAAUAAACUUUCCACAGACUUUUUUUCUGGUAAGAAAAGGAAAACUUUGUUUCUUUAAUGCUGACUCGAUUAAACUCAGUCACUGCAGGGGAAGGACUUUUAUUUUUCACAUUGUACAAGUAGCGAUUUGUUUCUGUUUUCUGAAGCAAAAGCCACUAUAUGCUCUGUAAAAUAACUUAGAAUUAAAUCAUUUUUAUAUAUUCUGUUUUUAACAAAAGAGAAAGUAUUAAUAAAGUUUUUUAAAAACAAA